AUGGCUCCUCCACGGGUCAAGGUCGGAUCGCUUAACAGCAUGGCGUCCGAUGUGCAGAGAAAGAAAGCCUCUGCCGCGGCAAAGCCCUCGCGCGAACACAAGAAUAUCGCCAAGAGCCAGGAGUUUGUUGAAGACUCAGAUUCCAGCGACUCCUCCUCUGGCAGCGGCAGUGAGAACGACAGCGAUAUCGAGGCAGCGCGAAACAAGUUCUUGGCGAAAGCCGCCGGCAAGAAGAAGGCGGCGACCCCCCAGGUCAAUGGAAACAAGUCAACUCCAGCCAAACCCACACCUGAGGCACCUACCUCCUCCGCAAAGGAGUCUACCAAGAAGCCCGAGGCCGACUCUGACUCCGAAUCCGAUUCCGAUUCCGACACAAGCAGCUCCGGCGCAGACACCAAAACCCCUUCCAGUGCUGUCGCAACCAAGAAGAAGGCAGACGCAUCGGAUAGCGAGAGUAGCAGCAGUGGCGGAAGCGAUUCAGAGGAUGCAAAUGGAACUGGCGCCCAACUGCUUCCCAACACCCAGGCUUCAAGUGCCCUGAAGGCUACCGAGAAUGACGAAUCAUCCAGCGAAGAGGACAGCGAUAACGACGGGGCGGAUGCAUCGCAUAAUCAAGCGGCCAAGAGCACGAGCGAAAAGGCGAAUGGCGGGACCACGGCUGUUGCUAACCGCGACGCCAACGAAACUGCAGCUGAGUCUGCUAUCCAAUUGUCUCGACCUCAGUGGCUUAACAGUUCCGAUUUUAUGUUGCGCAAAGCUUCAUCCGACAAUCCCGGCAAGGAGAUCCGCGACUUCCUCGGCAACGGCAACCUGGAAGGCAAGCAAGUGUGGUAUUUCACCGCACCGUCGUCCCUCCCGAUCACCGUCCUGAAGCAUAUGGAGAUCGACUUGGCCAAGGCGCAAGCCGGUGGCUCACUGCUGAACCACAAGGGUGACGAGUAUGGUUUGGAUCUCGAGUCGCAUGCUACGAGCACCCAGAUUCAGCUGGUCAUUCCGUCUAAUGGUGGAGAGAAGUAUACAAACCUCAACCGUGGCAUUGACUCGACUAUACACCUCCGGCGCAUGGUCAAGUUCGGGCCCGGCAGCGAUGUGAGUGCCACGGCUACCGAGGGGUAUAUUCCUCCGCCCAAGGCCAUUCGCGAACAACCCCAAGGUCUCAAACCUCGUUUCACGCCCAUUGGCGUUCCGACUCCACCGGUGUCGCAAUCAACGCCUGGCACACAGCCCAAGUCUAUCGCGAAGCCGGCCCCUGGGAAUGUUUCAGAGAGCGACUCUGACGAGGAGAUGACGAAUGCACCUGAAAUACCGGUGAAGGCAACGAAAAUCCCGGCAACAACACGGAAGGCAGGCCCCGUGAGUGGGCAGUUGAAGCGGAAGCAUGCUAUUGACGAGGACGAGGCAGCGUCUCAGUCUAAGAAAGUGCCCGAUUCGGCGGCGAAAUCAUCCAAAAGACCACGAACUAACAAAUCCGCCGAUAUCAAGGCGGCAAAGAACACAUCUUCUGCUCCUUCCCAAGGGACGCCUUGUCAGGCUGUCGCCCCGACAUCGACACCUGUGCCACCCCCUAGUCUGCCACACCAAGCUUCUACGUCCAGCAGUACCCCUUCGAAGACGGCGCCGGCCUCGUCGAAGCUCAAGGACAAGAAGGAAAAGAAAGACAAGGACAAGAAGGAGAAGAAAGACAAGAAGGAGAAGAAAAUCCCUUCACCCAAGAAAGGAUCGAAACAGACACCCAUCCUCCCGCCUCCCUACCCUGGGAUGAAGUGA